AAAUAUGAUAGAUUGAAAGGCAUGCAUGUUUGUGAUACAUCAGAACUUCUUAAGGGAAAAAAGAGCAGCAAAACGAUACACUCUUCAAAUAGUAAUUCCCAUAGCAACAUAUAUAGGGUACGCAUUUGCAUGCAAUAAUAAUUACAUCUCUAAACUAUAAUGCCAAUUAAUUAAACUUGAUGAUAUAUAAUAUUUCCUAAUAAUGAAUCUUUGACUCCAAAACAAGGUAAACCCACAUUAUUUUGGAUGUUUCUUGCAGAGGUAGGUAGAAGCGCGUUCUAGGACGAUGUCCACAGAUGCACGGCCCUGGGUGUAGGGUCACUUGCGCAAUUUGCUGGUGUUCCCAUCCAAUAUAUACCCUAUUUCUCUCAUAGCAGUGGACAAAAAAGCAAUGCGAAUCCGCAGAAAAAUAAUUAAUAAUAUUCCAUAAGGAGUUCAUAGUAUCACAUAUAUGACAAAGACUUAAUAUUCUUCACGUGAUCAUACAGGCUCAUGCAAUCCCCAUUUAUAACAAUACAAAAGUUACUGGCAGCUAUUGCUUCCCGACUCAUCAUCCAUGUAUGAGUUUAAUUUAGCGGAAGACCCCAGGCUACCAUUGCUUGCUUCCUCCCUUUCUCUUGAAUAUAGAUGCCUAUAUAUACUUCACUUCUCUUGCACAUCACCACCAAAACAAAAUCUUAUAUAUUGUAGUUUCUAGGCUAAUUUUAAUCCUUUACGAUCACUAUUAAUUGUUUGCUGCCAUCCACUUCCAUAAUGGAGAGAUACACAAUGUUAAUAUGCCUCUUGGUUGCCAUGCUUGCAACUUUGGUGCAAGGCCAAGGCACUCGUGUUGGAUUCUAUUCUCGUACUUGUCCUAGAGCUGAAUCCAUUGUAAGAUCAACAGUUGCAACACAUUUUAAAUCUAACCCUGCAAUUGCUCCUGGUUUGCUGAGGAUGCAUUUCCAUGAUUGCUUUGUCCGGGGAUGCGAUGCUUCUAUCCUUAUUGAAGGCUCCAAUACUGAGAAAACUGCCCCACGAAAUCUUGGGUUGAAAGGCUAUGAAGUUAUUGACGAUGCCAAGACUCAGCUUGAAGCUGCAUGUCCAGGAAUUGUUUCUUGCGCUGAUAUUCUUGCACUUGCAGCCCGUGAAUCUGUUGUUCUGACUAGUGGAAGAAGUUGGCAGGUGCCUACUGGACGUAGAGACGGUCGGGUGUCAUCGGCAUCUGACACUGAUAAUUUGCCCGGCUUCGCGGACCCCAUUGAUGAACAAAAGCAAAAGUUCGCUGCUAAAGGUCUUAAUGCACAGGAUCUUGUCACACUAGUUGGAGGGCACACAAUAGGGACUACAGAGUGUCAGUUCUUUGAUUACAGAUUGUACAAUACAACUGGGAAUAAUGGAUCUGAUCCUACCAUCAGCGCUUCAUUCCUACCCCAGCUACAAGCACUGUGUCCACAGAACGGUGAUAGGACAAAGCGAGUUGCAUUGGAUACAAAUAGUGCAAACAAGUUCGAUGCAUCUUUCUUCAGAAACCUGAGAAAGGGGCGAGGAAUUCUUGAGUCUGAUCAGAAAUUAUGGACUGAUACUUCCACCAGAACCUUUGUCCAACGUUUCUUGGGUGUUAGAGGCUUGGCUGCGUUGAACUUCAAUGUUGAGUUUGGAAAGUCAAUGGUGAAGAUGAGUAACAUUGAAGUGAAGACGGGCUCUGAUGGUGAAAUUAGGAAAAUAUGUUCUGCAAUAAAUUGAUGAUGAUAUGAUUUUGUAGUAGUACUGUUUUAAUUUGUCACCCAAGAAAAAGAAAAGGUGAUUUUGUAUUGUAAUUGGAAUGUUUAGCUUUAGCUGAUAAUUAAGUAAUAAUUAAAAUUCCAAGCAAA